AAAUGCAAAGAAAAUUCCAAAUUGGUUGACAAAGGCAAGCAACCCAUUUCCCACGUGAUUCAUGAGCCCAACACUAUUUCCACUCUGGAUAAAAACCAACCAUGCUUAGAUAGCGGAUUUCCACUUGUCAAUCCAUUACAACAAGCAUGCCCAUCCCACAUGGCCCAGGUGGCCACUAUCUCUAAUAACCCAACUCCACAACCUUCUGAACUUUAUGGUCCUUGGAUGAUAGUAUCCAACAGAAGACUUUCCCACAAAAAACCAAUUAACAAAACUCCAACUCACCAGCUUCCAAAACCAAUUAACAAUAAGAAUAAUUUACUCUCUAAAAACACCUUUAACCAAAAGUCUAUCACUCUUGCUCCUUCCCAAGACAACCCCUUUCUUGUUUUAGCCAAUAAUGGAGCUACUGAAGAAAUCUUAUCCCCAGCAAAAAACAUUCAAGCCGAAAUUCUCUGUAAAGAGAAUUCUAUUCUGCAGGAAGCUAAAGAGUCUUGCGUGUUAUCUUCCUUUACUGCAGCUAAUUCUUCAGUUUCCUUUGGACACUUGGCAAUGGAUAUUGAGGAACCAACCAACGCCAUGGAAACCCACUCACAGUCUCUCCAUCUUCCCAAUUUAAACCCCUCAACUGAAAUUAACUCCGACAUUGAUAUAAACCCCCAAUUAAUUAACCCAAACACAAACAAUAUUACCUUGAAACAAAAAAAUGGAACGAAAUCAAAGAAACUCCCUCACUCCCCGGCGGUCGAAGCGAAUUCAAGCUCGACCACCUCGCCGUCAGCGCCGGAACAACCCUCCAUCCUCGACAAACCCCCUGGUGUUGCUCCCUCCCUCACCCCCUCCCCCACCGCCCAGCCGCUGCUCUCCGUCGACAGAGCUUUCCCUAGCUCCGCCGUUACAGGGGAUCCAAAUCCCACCUCCACCCUUCCUCCAUCGUCUCACCUCCAACACCCGAACAAUCCAACCCCAAUUCCGACCACUCAGCUCCACCAACCUACCGAAGACAACCAUCUUCACCCAGCCAAAGACCAUUCAAGAAAUCCAAGAAAUAAUCCGAUCAACAACGAGUCAGAGCAGCUACCGGUCGUCCACUCCUCUUCUAUGGGCAUCGAUAGAAACUCCUCCAACCCAGGAGAAAAUAUCUCUAAUGCACAACACCUUGCUACAACUCAACAACCGCCUCCCCAACCACCAGACCUCACCCCCUCCGCUUCCACCGAAACUGAGAUGGAGUCAAGACCGGGCUCAUCUCCUCCACCUCAAUCCCCUUAUUCCUCCACCUCACUUGAGAAACCUAGCCACUCUGCCUCUAGCUUUCGAUCCCAUAGAGAAAGACGUAGAGCUUCCGGGAAACCUUAUGAUAUUAGCUCAGACCCAAGGGGAAGUGGUGGGCCUCCGGGUCGACGUCAACUUCUUGGAAACAUCUCUAACGACUCGGGAAAUUCAAUCCACUCUAUCCCCUCUCUCAAUGAUCGACAUUUUCCCGACACCACAAGCUCAGCAAUGGGAAGACCGGAAGAUGGCACUUCCACCAAUUCCACCCACUGAACUCAAAGAAGAAUAUCUUUCACCACCCUCUUUUCCAAACUUAAAUAUGAAAGUCGUUUUAUGGAAUGUUCGAGGUGCUACUAGGAAUGAUUUUAUUCCCCACGCUUGGGAUAUCAUAGCUACCCAUAAACCUUCAAUCUUUAUAAUCUUAGAAGCUAAGAGUAAUGGGGUUCGUGCCCUUGAGGUCAGUAGAAUGCUUGGUUUUGAUGGCCUUCGUUUCAUCGAACCCAAUGGUAGUAGGGGAGGAAUCUGGCUCAUGUUUAAUGCUGGGGUUGAGCUAAUUCUCUAUAACCCUAAAUCUAUCAAUUUCUUCCAUGCCCUGUUCAAAUUUAAGCCCAAUAAUACUGAAGUAUUACUUACUGGUAUCCAUGCCCCCUCUAAUCCUUCUGAGAGGCAUAGAAAGUGGAACAAUCUGAAAAAUGACCUACCUCCAGAUGACACUCCUUGGUUGGUACUUGGUGACCUUAAUGAAGUCACCUCCCCUACUGAAAAAAUGGGGGGUCGAAAUUUCAGAAUGUCCCAAUGUCAGGACCUCAACAUGCUGGCAGAUGCAGCGUGCCUUGUUGACCUUGGUUUCAAUGGUAACCCGUAUACUUGGCACAACGCUCGUGAAGGUGCUGCUAUAAUAAGGGAGAGGCUUGAUCGAGCUAUGGCAAACCCGAGUUGGCUCAAUAACUUUCCAAACACUCAGGUUUCAAAUCCCAUGAUUGCUUCCUCUUCAAAGAGUUCUCCUAGAGUUUGGUCUCCUCCCCAAAGAGGAUACUACAAACUCAAUACGGAUGCUUCUUGGAUCAGUUUGGGUGCUGCUGGAGCAGGUGGUUUAAUUCGCUGCCAACAAGGCAAAUGGCAAAUUGGUUUCUCUGUUAAGAUCUCUGCCUUAGGGCCUGCUUCUGCUGAAUUAUUUGCCAUAAAGGAAGGCCUGUCUACAUCUUGGGCUAGAGGAAUAAGAUUUCUUGAACUCGAGACGGAUGCACAAGCCUUAAAGUAUAUGCUUGAGAACCCGCUGUACUACAUUGACCACGAGCUGUCCAACUUCAUCAACGAUAUCGUGAAAUUACUACAACGAGAGUGGAGUGUCACAAUUCUUCAUGUCAAACGCCAAUCCAAUAAGCUUGCUCAUGGCCUUGCUCAAAUUGGAAGACUUCAGCCUGAUGAUGAUGUUGCUUACCAGUUCUUCUCCCCUUCGGCUUUCACUAAGGUUUAUAUGGAUGAACUUGCAUACUCCUUGGCACUUACUAAAGGCCCAUGACUUUUCUGCUGCAGCUCAUGAGCCUCCUCUAGGUUCCCCUCUGUCUUCCCUAGUCUUUUUUAUUCCUUUUUUGAUCUAACAAGUGUAGUAACAAGUUAACAACUCACAUUACAUAUAAG